AUCACCUUCGCGCAACACCGUUUUCAGAUACGAUCGCAGUCAGGAGUGGACCGCAGCAAGCGAGCCUAUGCCCCAAGAAAAAAGCCCAAAGACAUUCGGACCUGUGCAGGUAGCGGAGGCAGCCUCACGCAUGUGGGGAUAGGGUGGAAGAAGGGAGGUGAGGAAGAAAAUAAGGCGUCCGGGCCUGACGGUAGCGGAGGCAGCCUCGCACUACAGUCGGGCCACAGACAAAGGAGAGAAUUAGAUAGAGAAGCCUGUGCUGGCUGAGUCUGUGCCACUGAUGGAGGCACGCAGAGUAAAGGAAAGCUGUGUGUUGAGACAAUGAUGGUGAGAUGCGCUGUGCUGUAAAUCAGUAGAAACUGAUCUGUUCAUGCUGGAUAUAUUGACGAUUUCAUCACAGAAAUCUCUCAGCUGAAGAAAGAGGAGAUUUAGCAAUGGAUCGAGAGGAUGUGGAUUGUUGUGAAUCUUCAGUGUAUGUGACUGAUGAUGGGAGUCUGGAUUCAGUGUGGAUGAGCAGAGAUCAGAGCCGCACACCACAGACACUGCUGGACUCUAAACUCUCUGAAGAGAAAUCCAGAUGCACACAGGACUCUGAUCUCAGUCUGACUUUACUCUGUUAUACUGAGUCAAAGCCCACAGACACUCAGAACACCGGAGAACAGCAGCAGAUUCUGCAGACCAAACUGAAGAUGUGUUCAGUUAAACUCAUCGACUGCAUGAACCUCAUGAUGAAGAUUAAAACAGAACCCACAGAAAUCAAAACAGAACCCACAGAAAUGAAAACUGAACCCACAGAAAUAAAAACUGAAUACACAGAAGAGGAAGAUCGUACUGAGGAAGAUGAUGAUUUUAUUCUAUCAGAUGUGAAGAGUGAUUCAUGUUUGGAUAUAGAAAUAUCGUCUUCAACAUCAAAAGAGCAACUGACAGCACAAACUCUUUCCUGCAUCACCUGUGGAAAGACAUUCAGCUCACAGAGACUUUUAGAGAGACAUGAGAGAAAACACACAGAACAGAAACUCUUCACCAGAUCUGAGAUCAGCUUUACUACCUUACAAGAGAAGAAACUUCAUUCAGAAGACCACAGAGAGAAGAAGAAGCAGUUUCACUGUGAGCAGUGUGGGAGGAUUUGUGCCUCUUCCUCUAAACUAAAUUUUCACAUGAGGACACACAGUGGUGAAAAGCCUUUCAACUGCACUGAAUGUGGAAAAUACUUCCAAACUAAACACAAUCUUAAAGUUCAUCAGAGAAUACAUACAGGUGAAAAACCUUACAAAUGCUCUCAGUGUGACAAGACUUUUUCUCAUUCGAGUCACUUCAAAUCCCAUCAGAGACUUCAUACGGGAGAGAAACCUUAUUACUGUAAUGUCUGUGGGAAGAGUUUUAGAUUAAAGGAUACCUUACUAGUGCACCAGAGAAUUCAUACAGGUGAAAAACGUUUCAAAUGCUCUCAGUGUGACAAGACGUUUACUUGUUCGUCUAGCUUAAAAGGUCAUCAGAGAGUUCACAGUGGAGAGAAACCUCAUCACUGUAGUGUCUGUGGGAAGAACUUCUCUGAUUCAUCUCAAUUCAGAGUUCAUCAAAGACUUCAUACUGGAAACAAACCUUAUCACUGUAGUCUCUGUGGGAAGAGUUUCUCUAAUUUAUCUCAAUUCAGAGUUCAUCAAAGAGUUCAUACUGGAGAGAAACGUUAUCACUGUGAGCAGUGUGGAAGGAUUUGUGUCUCUUCCUCUAAACUAAAUAUUCACAUGAGGACACACAGUGAUGAAAAGCCUUUCAACUGCACUGAAUGUGGAAAUUACUUCCAAACCAAACACAAUCUUAAAGUUCAUCAGAGACUUCAUACAGGUGAAAAACCUUACAAAUGCUCUCAGUGUGAAAAGACUUUUUCUCAGUCAAGUCACUUCAAAGUCCAUCAGAGACUUCAUACGGGAGAGAAACCUUAUCACUGUAGUUUCUGUGGGAAGAGUUUUAGAUUAAAGGAUACCUUAAUAAGCCACCAGAGACUUCAUACGGGAGAGAAACCUUAUCACUGUAUUGUCUGUGGGAGGAGUUUUAGUCAAAAGGCUAACUUACUAAAGCACAACAGAGUUCAUACAGGUGAAAAACCUUUCAAAUGCUCUCAGUGUGACAAGACAUUUACUUAUUCGUCUAAAUUAAAAGCCCAUCAGAGAGUUCAUACUGGAGAGAAACUUUACAACUGCACUGAAUGUGGAAAAUACUUCAAAGCCAAACACAAGCUUAAAGUUCAUCAAAGACUUCAUACAGGUGAAAAACCGUACGAGUGUCCUCACUGUGAGAAGAGAUUUAGCGGUAAACGUGGUCUGAAGACACAUGUGCUUUUACACUCCAAUGAGAGGAUGCAUCAGUGCAGUCAAUGUGACAAAACCUUUAGGGAUUCAAGUUCAUUAAAAAAACACCAGAAUAUUCACUUAAAAGAGAAACUCCAUCAGUGUUCACACUGUGAUAAACAUUUCUGCCAUAACUAUAAGCUGAUAAUCCAUGAGAGAGUUCACACUGGAGAAAAACCUUACAAAUGCUCUCAAUGUGACAAGACUUUUGCUUAUUUAGGUUACUUACAAGCCCAUCAGAAAGUUCAUACUAGAGAGAAACCUUAUUACUGUAGUCUCUGUGGGAAGAGUUUUAGUCUAAAGUCUACCUUACUAAAUCACAAGAGAAUUCAUACAGGUGAAAAACCUUACAAAUGCUCUCAGUGUGAUAAGAUGUUUACGUAUUCGUCUAACUUAAAAGUUCAUCAGAGAGUUCACACUGGAGAGAAACCUUACGUCUGCACUCAAUGUGGAAAACGCUUCUCUAAUUCAUCUCAAUUCAGAGUUCAUCAAAGAGUUCAUACUGAAAAGAAACCUCAUCACUGUAGUGUCUGUGGGAAGAGUUUCUUUAAUUUACCUCAAUUCAGAGUUCAUCAAAGAGUUCAUACUGGAGAGAAACCUUAUCACUGUAGUGUCUGUGAGAAGAGUUUUAGUCAAGGGUCUUCAUUACUAUGUCACAUGAGAAUUCAUACAGGUGAAAAACCUUACAAAUGCUCUCAGUGUGACAAGACGUUUGCUUAUUCAGGUCACUUCAAAGCUCAUCAGAGAGUUCACAAUGGAGAGAAACCUCAUGACUGUAGUGUCUGUGGAAAGAGCUUCUUUAAAUUAUCUCAAUUAAGAGUUCAUCAAAGUGUUCAUACUGGAGAGAAACCUUAUCACUGUAGUCUCUGUGGGAAGAGUUUUAGUGUAAAGGAUACCUUACUAAAGCACCAGAGAGUUCAUACAGGUGAAAAACCUUACAAAUGCUCUCAGUGUGACAAGAUGUUUACUUCUUCGUCUAAUUUAAAAUCCCAUCAGAGAGUUCAUACAGGUGAAAAACCUUACAAAUGCUCUCAGUGUGACAAGACGUUUGCUGAGUCAGGUCAUUUAAAAGUUCAUCAGAGAGUUCACACUGGAGAGAAACCAUAUCCCUGUAGUGUCUGUGGGAAGAGUUUUAAUCGACAUGACGUUUUAGUGACACACCUGAGAAUUCAUACAGGUGAUAAACCUUACAAAUGCUUUCAGUGUGACAAGAUGUUUGCUUCUUCGUCUAACUUAAAAUCCCAUCAGAGAGUUCACACUGGACAGAACCUUUAACUUUCCCCGCCAGAAAAAAGUUUCUAGUGCCAGCAUUUUUCAUGAUUUUCACAAAAUUUUAAUGUCUUCCAGAAAACGUACAAUAUAUCAAAUGAAAAAAUAGACCCUCUGCUUUCAAACAAAAAAAGACGUUUCUUGUAAUCACCUCUCAAAUAAGGGUAGGUUUCUUGAAAAACACAAAAUUUUGAGCAAAAAUCUAAGAUAAUUGUAUUUUUGUAAAGGACUUUUGAUAGAGAUCCAAUUCAGAGCGAUCCAUAAAAACAUACACGGACAUACAGCUGUUUGUCCUAGGGCAAUACUUCUGAGUAGUAUAAGUUGCAGAAGAGCACCACCUGGUGGAUAAUAGCGGUAUUGCAGAAAGCCAGAAUUACUCGUCAUUGGCAGGGAAGCAUUUUUUUCACUAAAGCAAAUGGUAAACAGACCGUGGAAAACCGGAACGUGAAUAAUAGACCUAGGAGAAGAGCAUCAGAGGGGUGUGUGGUUUGCUGCUUUUAUGUGUCAAACUCGUUUAUUUUAUGUUGUGUGCUAUGUGAUUUUAAGAAUUGGUUUCAAAGUCUUAAUGUCAUGGGACCAUAAUGUCAUUAAUUGUUCAUUAACUUGGACUGAGAAAGAAAGUGUUCAGAUUAUUCAGUAAAUGCUUUGCUCAUUUUUACAAUAUUUAUGGCUGUUUCUCAAUUCCAAGAACGCAAAGAACGGACUUGCGUUCUCUUGGAGACUGGUCUUGCCAGGCGACCUCGAAAGAACGAACUCAGAAGGUCGCGAGAACACAGAACGCACCUGUGAGAAUUGAGAUGUGUGCGAUCUUCCUGCUGGUCACGUGACCUCCCCAGAUUUCAGCGCGCAAGUCUGCACUCGAUGCAUCCUCGAUAUCAAGAACUCAUCCGGGUAUUUUCAUGCGUCCUCUGUACUUGUGUUCUUGGCCCUGUCCCAAAUGGCGCACUUCAUGUGGGCUUUCGGUCUCGUGGUCUUAAAUUGCGCGUUCUCGCUUAGUCUACGAGUCCGUAGGGUGUCCCAUCUGUCAUUUUUACCCUUUGAAGUGUGUUCAUCAGCGCCUCCUUUGCCCCCUUGAUGCGGUCUUCAGCGAAGCCCGCACUGCAGCAGGCUUCGCGCACUUUACCAACCCAGAAGUCCUUGCGAAAGGGCAAUCAGACCAAUCAGACGACGGAGAGGAGGAGUUCACACUGACGGGCAACUUCUCUACCUAUUUCCGGUGUGAUGCUCGAGUCUGUCCCAAAAUACGACUCCGGUGCACCCACGUGGACUCGCAUCAAGGGUCCCUAAAGUCUGGACUACGUGAUGUCAUCAAAGUGUGGACUCUGAGGAGGACCACAAGCCCGGAGUGUGCCAUUUGGGACAGGGCCCUUGAGAAUUGGAAUUGAACUUCGACUGUUAAUGAUGACGUAGAGCGAGGACACAAGGACGCAAGAUCGCCGAAGAACACAUAUUGAGAAACAGCCAAUGUCUCCUGCCUUCUGCUAUAGGCCUAUAUGCAAGCAUGUCACACUUUCACUGCCCAGACACCAUAUAUUGUAUAACAAGUUUCUUUCUACUUUGUCAUUAAAAUACUAAUAAUAAUCACCAUUGAAUGUGAUGUUGUAAAAAAACAUUGUACAGCUACAGUAUACAGAUGAAAAUAAAGGCUUUAAACUUCAA